GGUGGGUGUGGGGAGGAUGGGGAAGGAGCAGUCAGGGAAGGGGAUGUGUGUGAGGGUGUUCCUGACAUUUCUCCUUCGCCCCCGCUGUCCAGGCUUGGUGGGGUCUCUGCGCUGCCCCCAGGGGAGAGCUCUUAGGCUGCUGUGUUUCCCGUGACCUGUGGCCUUGCACGGAGAAGCCACAUUUUGUGCUGUCCGGCCGAGAGCUCCGUGUCAUCCCAUCUCAGCCCUGACAUCGCCUCAGCAUGGCCAUCUCGUCACGCCUCGCCCUGUGGGAGCAGAAGAUUCGGGAGGAGGACAAGAGCCCUCCACCGUCUUCGCCCCCUCCCCUUUUUUCUGUCAUCCCAGGGGGUUUCAUUAAGCAACUGGUCCGGGAGACUGAGAAAGAGUCCAAGGAAGCAAGGCUGAGGAAAGAGGCAGCACUCGCCUCUCCAGAACAAGAGACCCCAGAAAUUUCCACUAGCCAACCCAAGAGCAGGUCCAACAGUGGCACCAAAUCCGGAAACCAGCAAAUUAGCCAAGGCAACCAGUCAAGCUCUCCGCAGAACUCCAACAUUCCGGCCAAGGAGACCGAGGGGGUCAGCCCCACAGACCCCGUGCCAAUGACCAGCAUCAAUGGCGAGAAGCCUCAGGAAUCUGGCACCGGGGGGACACCGGCCAAAAAACCCCUGCCCUUCAAGAGAGGUGUGCGGAGGGGUGACGUGCUGCUGAUGGUGGCCAAGCUGGACCCAGACUCAGCCAAGCCAGAGCAGCGGACCCAGCCCCCUGAUGCUCCCACCUGCAAGACCGCACCCCCGGCCACAGACCCUGGAGGGGAAAAAAAGGGAGGGACUCCUGGGACUCCUCGUGGUCCCCAGGAUGGCACUAAGGACGCAGCCCCAAAGGCUGAGAAGACUCAGACUGAGGGUAUUGGGGACCCAGGAAAGGUGCUACCAACUAAACAAAGUGCAGGGAAGAAAGGUGGCGGGGCCCCCCAGACCAAAGGGCUGAAAGGGGGUGAGGUCCAGGGGAGAGAGGGGCCAUGCGAAGGGGAGAGGCAGGAGACAGCAGAGAAAGGGGGAGGGGACCCCCCAAACAAGAUGGCAAAGGGAAAUCUCUCCAAGGAGCAGGGUGAAGGGAAGGGGGCUGGAGCCCAAAUCCAGGUGAGAAAGUGGGGAGUUUCCCUGGGCAGAAGGAGCAAGUGGGACGGUUCCCAGAGUAAGAAGGACAAAGAAGGUAUGCUCCCAAGAAAGUCAGAGAAGACAGAGGAACCACAGAGCAAGGAGAACAAAGUGAGCCAACGGCAGGGGCUGUCAGGGAAGGUGGGGGAAGCUCCUGGAAAGGUAGAGAAAGUGGGGGAGUCUCAGAGUGUGCCUGGGAAGGCAGUGGAGCCCCAGGCUAAGGUAGUCAAGAAAGGGCAACCUCAGGGUGAGUCUGGAGAGGCAGGUAAAGCUGGGGGGAAAACAGAGAAGGGUCGUACAGCCCCCGAGGAGGUGGGUGCAGGCAGAGAGACCCCAGUGCCUGCUGGGAAGGAGGGCCAGCCGGAAAGCAGAGGGCAGAAAGCUGGGGAGUCCUGUGUGGGAGCAGACGAUGGGGCCGAGGCCCUGGAGACGGAGCCGGAAGGACCCAGACUCUCUGCUCCGGAGGGCCAGGCAGAAAGGCCUCAGACUCAGAAGGAGAGUGAAGAGGGGCCAGACCGGCCAGAGGGGAGCAAAGACUCGGAUCAGGCUCCCGAGGACAGAUGGUAUGAGGCAGAGAAAGUCUGGCUGGUUCAGAAGGAUGGAUUUACUCUUGGAACUGUGCUGAAGCCAGAUGAGGGAACAGCUGACCUGCCGGCAGGAAGGGUACGACUUCUCAUCGAUGCUGACAAAACCAUCACCGAGGUGGACGAGGAGCAUGUUCAUAGGGCCAACCCCCCUGAGCUGGACCAGGCUGAGGACCUGGCCUCCCUGGUCAGUAUCAAUGAAUCGAGUGUCCUGAACACACUUCUCCACCGCUACCGGGCGCAGCUGCCCCACACCUUCAAGGGGCCAGACCUGAUCGUCCUCCAGUCCCCAGGGUCCCCAGCGCCCUCUGCAGGCAAGGUGCCCAAGGGCCGCAGGGAAGGCCUGCCAGCCCAUCUGGGCUCCUUGGUGCAGCGGGCAUACUGGGCACUACUGAGCCAGCGGAGAGACCAGAGCAUCGUGGCCCUGGGCCGCAGUGGUGCUGGGAAGACCACCUGCUGUGAGCAGCUCCUGGAGCACCUGGUGGCAAUGGCAGGUGGUGUGGAUGGCAGGGUCUCAGUGGAGAAGAUCCGAGCUACCUUCACAGUUCUCCGGGCUUUUGGCUCUGUGUCCACUGGCCACAGCUACAAUGCCACCCGGGUCGCCAUGGUGAUGUCGCUGGACUUCAAUGCCACAGGGCGAGUUGCAGCCGCUCAGCUCCAGACAAUGCUCUUGGAGAAGAGCUGUGUGGCCCGGCAGCCAGAAGGAGAAAGCAAUUUCGAGGUUUUCUCCCAGAUGCUGGCAGGGUUGGACCUGGAUCUCAGGACGGAGCUGUACCUGCACCAGAUGGCGGAGAGUCACUCCUUCGGCAUGGGCAUAUGGCCCAAGCCUGAAGACAAGCAGAAGGCGGCGGCUGCCUUUGCCCAGCUCCGCUGCGCCAUGGAGACGCUGGACAUCUCGGAGGGUGAGCAGCGAGCCAUUUGGCGGGUGUUGGCAGCCAUCUACCACCUCGGCGCAGCGGGGGCCUGCAAAGUGGGCCGGAAGCAGUUCAUGCGGUUUGAGUGGGCAAACCACGCAGCUGAGGCCCUGGGCUGUGAGUACGAGGAACUGAACACGGCCACCUUCAAGCACCACUUGCGACAGAUCAUCGAGCAAGUGACAUCUGGGCCAAGCCGACGGAGCCUUGAGGAAGAGGAGACCAGCUCAGGGCUCAAGAUGACAGGCGUAGAGUGUGUGGAGGGGAUGGCCUCAGGCCUGUACCAAGAGCUCUUUGCGGCCGUGAUCUCACUCAUCAACAGGUCCUUCUCUUCCCACCACCUCUCCAUGGCCUCCAUCAUGGUGGUGGACUGUCCGGGCUUCCAGAACCCACGGCACCAGUGCAAGGACCGGGCAGCCACCUUCGAAGAGCUUUGCCGCAAUUACGCUCACGAGCGCCUGCAGCUGCUUUUCUACCAGCGGACCUUCGUGUCCACGCUGGAGCGCUACCGGCAGGAAGGUAUUCCUGUGCCCUUUGACCUCCCGGAGCCUUCCCCGGGGACCACAGUGGCUGUGGUGGACCAGAACCCUUCCCAGGUCCGCUUACCGGCCGUUGGAGGUGCUGAGGACGCCAGGGGCCUUUUCUGGCUCUUGGACGAGGAGGUCCGGGUGGAGGGCUCCAGUGACAACGUGGUGCUGGAGCGUCUCUGUGCGGCCUUUGAGAAGAAAGGUGCUGCGGCCGAAGGGACCUCUGCCUUUCGGUCCUGUGAGCAGCCCCUGCAGUUCGAGAUCUUCCACCAGCUGGGCCAGGACCCGGUCCGCUAUGACCUCUCGGGUUGGCUCCACAGGGCCAAGCCCAACCUCUCGGCCCUGGACGCCCCCCAGGUGCUGCAGCAGUCCAGAAGGUGAGAGCUGAGGAGCCUGUUCCAGUCGCGGGCCAAGCUGCCACCGUUGUGCCGGGCCUGUGGCGGCCUGGAGGGCACCUCACAGCAGGCCCUGCAGAGGAGCUGCGCGGUGGAGGAGGCAUUUGCCAGCAGCUUGGCCGCCCGUAGAGGAAAGCCCCCGUGCUCCCAGAUCAAGCUACAGAUGGAUGCAUUGACCAGCGUGAUCAGACGGUCUCAGUUAUACUUCGUCCACUGCCUUGGUGGCGAACGGGGGCGGCAGGGAUCUCUGACCCCAUUGCAGCCUGGCGGAGAUAAGCCAGGGACAGGUGAGCCCCUGCCCUUGGACAUCCCAGCGCUGAGGGUGCAGCUUGCCGGCUCCCACAUCCUGGAGUCACUGCGUCUGCACAGGACAGGCUAUGCUGACCACAUGGGGCUCCCUCAGUUCCGCCGGCGAUUCCAGGUGCUGGACCCUGUCCUCAUGAAGAAGCUCAUGUUGGUCUCCGAGGGAAUAGAUGAGAGGAAGGCUGUGGAGGAGCUCCUUCAGACCCUGGACCUGGAGAAGAAGGCCAUGGUCAUUGGGCACAGCCAGGUUUUCCUCAAGGCAGGCAUGGUCUCCAGGCUUGAGAGGCAGCGGGAGAAGCUGGCGUCUCACAGGAUCCUUCUAUUCCAGGCGGCUUGUAAGGGCUUUCUUUCUCGGCAGGAAUUCAAGAAGCUGAAGAUUCGCCGCCUUGCUGCACAGUGCAUCCAGAAGAACAUGGCUGCGUUCCUGGAGGUCAAGGACUGGUCGUGGUGGCAGCUCCUCGUUUCCCUCCGGCCCCUGCUGAGUGCCACCAUUGGGGAUGAGCAGCUCCGUGCCAAGGAGGCGGAGCUUACAAUGCUGAGACAGAAGCUAGAAAAAUCAGAGAAGUCACGAAAUGAACUCCGGCAGAAUGCAGACCUGCUAGAGAGCAAGAUUGCUGACUUGACCACAGAGCUUGCUGAUGAACACUUCAAAGGGGACGUGGCCUGCCAGGUGCUGGAGAGUGAGCGGGCAGAGCGGCUGCGCGCUUGCCGGGAGGUCCAGGAGCUGAAGAGCAAGUAUGAGCAAGUCCAGAAGAAUUUGGGGGAAGUGCAGAAGCAGUUGGAAGAAGCCCAGCAGAAAAUUCAGUUGAAUGACUUGGAAAGGAGCCACAUUGGAGGAGCGGAUGAAUGGCAGAUGCGCUUUGACUGUGCUCAGAUGGAGAACGAGUUCCUCAGGAAGCGUCUGCAGCAAUUUGAGGAGAGGUUGGACUCAGAGCUGACAUCCAGGAAAGAGCUGGAGCAGAAGCUUGUGGAGCUGCAGAGCGCCUAUGAGGGGGCCAAGAAAAUGGCCCACCAACACAAGAGGAAGUGCCACCAUCUGACCUGUGACCUGGAGGACACCCGCCUUCAGCUGGAGAACCAUCAGAGCCGAAAUCACGAGCUUGAGAAGAAGCAGAAGAAGUUUGAUAUGCAGCUGGCCCAGGCCCUGGGGGAGUCUGUGUUUGAGAAGGGUCUUCGGGAGAAAGUGACCCAGGAGAACACCAGCAUCCGGUGGGAACUAGGCCAGCUUCAGCAACAGCUGAAGCAAAAGGAGCAGGAAACCUCGAAGCUGAAGCAGGAGGUGGAGACGCUGCAGGCCCAAAAGCGGGAGCUGUUGGGGUUGUCCUCCCUGGGGGAGAGCUGUGUCGCUGGCUUGAAGGAGAGGCUCUGGAAGCUGGAAUCCAGCGCCCUUGAGCAACAGAAAAUCCAAAACCAGCAAGAAAACACCAUCAAGCAGCUGGAGCAGCUCCGCCAGCGGUUUGAGCUGGAGAUCGAGCGGAUGAAGCAGAUGCACCAGAAGGACCGUGAGGACCAGGAGGAAGAGCUGGAAGAUGUCCGCCAGUCCUGCCAGAAGCGGCUCCGCCAGCUGGAAAUGCAGCUGGAGCAAGAGUACGAGGAGAAGCAGAUGGUCCUCCAUGAGAAGCAGGAUUUGGAAGGCUUGAUUGGAACCCUCUGUGAUCAGAUUGGCCAUCGAGACUUUGACGUGGAGAAGCGUCUUCGGAGGGACCUCAAGAGGACACAUGCGCUCUUGGCAGAUGUGCAGCUUCUUCUGGGGAACAUGGAGGACAGCAAGACUUCAGUCAGCAAAGAGGAGCUGGAGAAAGUGCACAGCCAGCUGGAGCAGAGCGAAGCCAAGUGUGAGGAUGCUUUGAAGACGCAGAAGGCACUGACCGUGGACCUGGAGAACAUGCACAGUGAGCUGGAGAACAUGACCCGGAGCAAGAACCUGGUGGACGAGCAGCUGUACCGGCUGCAGUUUGAGAGAGCGGACCUGUUGAAGCGCAUUGACGAGGACCAGGAUGACCUGAAUGACCUCAUGCAGAAGCACAAGGACCUCAUUGCUCAGUCUGCUACUGACAUUGGACAGAUCCGAGAACUGCAGCUGCAGCUGGAGGAAGCCAAGAAGGAGAAGCACAAACUUCAAGAACAACUGCAGGUGGCUCAGAUGCGCAUUGAGUACCUGGAGCAGUCCACCGUGGACCGAGCCAUUGUCAAGAGGCAGGAGGCAGUCAUCUGUGACCUGGAGAACAAGACGGAGUUCCAGAAAGUGCAGAUUAAGAGAUUUGAGGUCCUGGUGAUCCGGCUUCGGGACAGCCUGAUCAAGAUGGGUGAGGAGCUCACGCAGGCUGCCAAGUCCGAGUCCCAGCAGCGGGAGAGCAGCCAGUAUUAUCAACGGCGCCUGGAGGAGCUGAAGGCGGACAUGGAAGAGCUGGUGCAACGCGAGGCGGAGGCCAGCCGCAGGUGCAUGGAGCUGGAGAAGUACGUGGAGGAGCUCGCAGCAGUGAGACAGACCCUCCAGACAGACCUGGAGACAUCCAUCCGGCGGAUCGCCGAUCUGCAGGCAGCCUUAGAGGAGGUGGCGUCCAGCGACAGUGACACGGAGAGUGUCCAGACAGCAGUGGACUGUAGCAGCAGCAGAAAAGAGAUAGAUAACGUCUCUGUCCUCAGCUCCCAGCCAGAGGGCAGUCUGCAGUCUUGGUUGAGUUGUACUCUGUCCCUGGGUACAGAUACCAUGAGGACCCCCUCUCGACAGUCAGCCAGCAGUAGCCCCAUCCUCAGCUCCAGGAUGAAGGACGAGUCCAGAGAUGCAGAGAGGUCCCAGCUGGCGUCGGCCCUGAGCAGAGCCCGGACCGCGCAGAGCCAGACCUCGGGGGACAAGUCUGUUUCUCCCCUCUGCCUCCGACGGCCAAAGUACUACCAUCCAGGGGAUGGGGACGAGUGUGGUGGGCAGAGAAAACCUGCGCAGAGACUGGGGAUACGGUCUUCCUCCCCAGCUUCUCGGAGUGCAGACACAUCCCCUGCAUCCAGGGAAAAGCUGCCCAGUCCCUCGGCAGCCCUGUCGGAGUUUGUGGAAGGUCUCCGGAGGAAGAGAGCUCAGAGGGGCCGGGGUUCCCCUCUGGGGCUGGAGGACUGGCCCACCCUUCCCAUUUACCAGACCACCGGGGCUUCCGUGCUGCGGAGGGCCAGGGCGGGCAGUGACGAGGGAGCCCUCUCGCUGGGGUUUGGGGUAAAGUCAGCCCUGGAACCGGAGGGUGCCUCUGGGACAUCAGGUGGGCUUCUGCGGUCCACCAGCCUGAAAUGCAUCUCCUCCCAGAGCACCGAGGGCACCACCCAGCCGCCUGAGAAGCUGAAGACCCGGUUCAGCUCCUGCGAGUCCCUGUUCGAAUCGGGGCAGAGCUCCGGCAGAAGACUGAGCUCCCCAAGCUCAUCCAGGUCCCUGCUCUUGUCACCCACGCUGCGGCCUCGGAGGCGCUGUCUGGAGUCCUCUCUCGACGACGCAGGCUGUCCAGACCUGGGGAAGGAGCCCCUCAUCUUCCAGAACCGCCAGUUUGCCCACCUCAUGGAGGAACCCCUGGACAACGAUCCAUUCACCUGGAAGGUCCCAAGCCUCAACUAUGAACGCAAGACCAAAGUGGAUUUCGACGACUUCCUCCCAGCCAUCCGGAAGCCUGAGUCUCCCGUGUCCUUGGCCAGAGCCCCCAAAGAGGGUCAAGACAGUCCGCGGCGCUCACGCAUCCACUUUGAGACAGAAGAGGCCGACCGGACCUUUCUCUCAGGGAUCAAGACCAUUUUGAAAAAGAGUCCGGAGUCCAAGGACGACCCCGCUCAGCUCUCUGACUCGUCCUCCUCCUCCAGCUCCAUCGUGUCCUUCAAAAGUGCCGACAGCAUCAAGAGCCGACCACGAAUCCCACGGUUGGAGGGUGAUGGUGGCGAGCAAACGUCCCCUGAGCACAGGGAGCCGGGGGCAGGGAGCAAAGACGAGGACGUUGAGAGCAUAAUGAAGAAAUAUCUCCAGAAGUAGGAGCCAGUGCAGCCUCCUGAGAUGUACUGCCCCGGAAGACUUCCUGGCUCCACCACUGUCUGGAGAAAGAGAGGGACGGGCCAGGCCUGCCCAGGGGCCCUCAGUCCAGAGCCAGCCAGCAUGGCUGUGCUUGAGUGGCCAGAGGGGUCCAGCCGGAGGCAUAUCCCUCGGGCAUGGGAUCCCAUCAUGCUUGGUCUAUACAAAAUAAAGUGAUAGCUCCUUGA